AUGCGGGCCCGGGCCUGGGCCAUGGUCCUCACCGCGCAGCUCUGGCUGCGGAGCCGCCUCACCCGCCGCUGCUGGCGUGUCCAGGAGGUGCCGAAGCACGCGCGGCACUUCCGGGGAAGGAAGAACCGGUGCGACAGGCUGGCCGUUAGAGCGGUGACGAGAGCGUUUGUGAAAUGCACGAAAGCCCGGAGGCUGAAGAAGAACGUGAGGACGCUCUGGAUUAAUCGGAUCACAGCUGCCUCCCAAGAACACGGCCCGAAGUACCCAGCGUUCAUCGUCAACCUAGUUAAGUGUCAGGUGGAGCUCCACAGGAAAGUGCUUGCCGAUCUAGCCAUCUAUGAACCAAAGACUUUUAGAUCUUUGGCUGCCUUGGCCAAAAGAAGGCGACAAGAAGGAUUUGCUGCUGCCUUAGGGGCCUGGAAGGAACCUGAAGGCAUAUUUUCCAGAGUGGCACAGUACCAUUGAGGGGCACACUGACACCGCCAGCUGAGGGACUUAGGAAAAGGUUUUAUCUCCCUGAUGAUCAUAACUAAAAUAGGGGCUAAAAGUCAU